UGUCAGUGAAGCCAUGGAUGCCUUUUAGAAAUGAAAACCAGAACUAUCCACUGGUAAAUGAAGCUGAAAAUCGAACAUUUACACGUGUAAAAACUAGCAAAUACCUUUACUUUCUGUUGAUAUCUGAUUGGUUGGGAUUCACUAAUCUUGGAAAAAGCAGCCAAUGUAGUGUUUUGGUGGAUGCACCAAUAAGCGCAGAACACUAAACACUGACACAAACUUCGAGAUAUUUGGCAAGUUAUCAAUGGAAGGCAAAAGAGGAAUGGCAGUGGUGACUUUGGUUGCGCUAGUUCUGGGAUUAAUGAUUUUGGGAGCAAAUCAUGCAGAGGGUGCAUUUAGCAUCCAACUCAAUCCAUGCACGCUUGCCCAGUGCAUUGCUGAAUGCAAAAAAGCUCUGCAGGAGAAGUAUCUCAGUGCAACCUGCGCGACAGGAUCUCAGGGAAAGUUCUGCAUCUGCCUAGGGUAAUAAAUUCAGACAACUGAUGUCAGUACCAAGCAUAAGUGUGUAUACGUCGGUCUGUGUGUUUUAGGUUUUGCUAAAAUAUUACCUCAAAAAUUUGAGGUUACCUUGCCCCAUCUUGUUAACUAUGUAUCCAGUGAUAUGUAUCAUGUAUGAUGUGUUGUUUUAUGUCUAUGUGGAGAUGGUGGCUGCCAGGCCACCAAAUCAACUACAAAUGUGUGCCAUUUAUGAAUUUAGAUGUAAACCUGAUAAUCAGAGAACACUUGCCAACUAAAAUAAUGUCCUUUGAACAGUAGAAGGAUCUAAAACAAAAAUCAAUUUCAUUAGGUUGCCAGUUUUUAUAAGUUGAGCUGUUGCUGAACGGAGGAUGGGUACAGCCGUACAAGUUUGGUGAGUGUGUAAUGAUAAUGACAAGCCAAUUCCAUAGGCAAUCAAACAAGAAAACCAUCUUCUUCAGAUGUAAGUCUCCCAUCAGCAAUCACCACAUAGACUUCACAAUCCCUAUUUACUGGGGUUUAUCACUCGUUAUAACACGUGAUCAAACAGCUGGACAAAUGACGUGGACGAACCAAGAUGGCUCAUUAAAUUUAAUUUUCAGAAGAUUUUUUAAAGCAACCUUCGAAUUUUAGAGUAUACAGAAUGUUAAAAUCGUAAUCACCCAGAAUCAGUUGCAGCAUCAUAGUCUUCAUUUGUAAGCUUUCGUACGUUAAAAUCCUAGCAAUUGCUUAGGAGAUUGAUAAUCUCAUUCGAAUCAGUAAUCACAACUGGGUAAUUACAAAAAUGAAACUUCCUCUAAAAAUUACUAUGCUGUUGUGUGUGCGGCUCAAAUACAGGAGCCUCCAAAUGAAGAAAAUGAUAGUUGGAUGAGGAAAAUGAGAAAUUUCACCUACAAAACAAGACCUUUACGGGACAGGACAGCUUUAAUUACUCUAUAGGUAACGUCUUAACUGUUAUAUCCAUCCCCUCCAAUACAAAAACAUCACUGGCAUUGUACGUUAGCUAGCUUGCGGGUAAAUUAACCGCCUCUCUUUCCCGUUUCUUCUGUUCUGUUAUAAAUAGUUAUACCACUUCCUUAAUUUUCACCUUUUCUUCUUCGUCCAUAUUAGUUACUGAUACUUUUAGCAGGUUUCUGUGAGUUGGGUUGAUUGCUUUUCAAAUUUUAAUUUUAGUUCGGUUCUGUGGAGGUCCCUGGACCCAGAAAUGGAUGAUGGUGAUGAGUAUGCAAAGCUUAUCAGGAGAAUGAACUCUCCCAGAGUUGUGAUUGACAAUGAUGCUAGUGAGCACGCCACAAUCAUAAAGGUGGAUACUGUCAAUAGGCAUGGUACUCUCCUUGAAGUUGUUCAAGUCCUCACAGACCUAAACCUUGUGAUAACAAAAGCUUACAUAUCACGUGAUGGAGUGUGGUUCAUGGAUGUGUUAUAUGUGACUGGCAAUGAUGGGAGCAAAGUUGAAGAUGAAAGCGUUCUGAAUUACAUACAGAAGGUCCUUGAAGCUGAUGCAAACGUGUUUAAUUCAAUAGGGAGCUCUAUUGGGGUGCUGCAUUCUUCUAAAGAGCAUACCUCUAUUGAACUAUCUGGCGGGGACAGGCCUGGUUUGUUGUCAGAAGUAUCUGCAGUACUUGCAGAUAUGGGAUGUAACGUGGUAAAUGCCGAGAUUUGGACACACAAUGCUAGAGUAGCAGCUGUAAUGCACAUUACAGAACAGUCAACUGGGACUGCUAUCGAAGACCCAAAGCGGCUUUCUCUGAUCAAGAAGCUGCUUCGUAAUGUCCUAAAAGGUAACGGGAAUUUUAGGAGCCCAAGAAUAUGCAUUUCUUCCCCUGAGGAAACCCACACAGGGAGAAGACUGCACCAGAUGAUGUUUGCCGCUAGGGACUUUGAAAAGCUUGAAGGUGUGAAGGAAAACAGCCUAGGACCCUAUGUUAAUGUGUCGGAUUGCGCUGACAGAGAUUACACAGUUGUUACAGUAAGGUGCAUAGACCGUCCAAAGCUAUUAUUUGACACUGUUUUCGCUCUAACAGACAUGCAGUAUGAGGUGUUCCAUGGAACGUUUAUCACUGGUAGAAAGGAAGCUUACCAGGAGUACUAUAUCAGGCAUGUGGAUGGACUCCCUAUAAGUUCGGAAGCUGAACGACAAAGGGUUACUGAGUGUCUUGAGGCAGCAAUUAAGAGGCGAGCAUCAGAGGUAUUACUUCAGGUUUUUUAUUUUUGCCAUGUCUUUCAAACAAUGAUCAGUCGCUCCCAUAUUCUCUUGCAGGGACUAGAACUAGAGAUGUGCACAGAUGACCGCUUUGGACUUCUUUCUGAUAUUACGAGGAUACUUCGGGAAAGCGGCGUGAGCAUUAGAAGAGCUGAAAUUUCCACCGAGGAUGGAAAAGCAAAAGAUACUUUCUUUGUCACAGAUGUUUCUGGGAACCCUGUUGACCCCAAAAUUGUCCGCUUGAUUCAGCAACAAGUAGGACAUACUGUUUUACGUGUAAGAGGAAAAGCAAAUGUGCCUCCUGAAUCUCCCAAGGAGACGCCUAGAAGCUCCCUUUUUGGGACCCUUUUCAGAUGUCGAAGUUUCCAAAAUUUUGGACUUAUUAAAUCUUACACAUAGUUUGCCAGUUUCACACGACACAAAUUGGCUGAAAUAGACUGAAAAACAACGGAAAAGACUUCAUCUCAUGUCGUGCAGUUUAAGAUUAGCUUAUGAUUGUAUUUAGAAAUUACUUGGAAGGUUCUGGUCAUUGCACUUGGCGCUUAUACCGUUCAUGAAGAGAGAUUAUUUGGGUAAAUACAUAUGGAGGGAAUAGAGAUUGUACACAAAUGUAUUUUUCAACGCAAAGGAGAAGAUAAAUGUUUUCCUGAGAUAACUAGAAUCAGUCUGCUCAAUAUGUUGAAGGUAAUAUACAGUGAACAAAUUUUUGUACCCUAUCUAUCAAUUUUGAUCAUCUUCCGAGGAUCUGAAGACAAUUUUCCUCCGUCACUCUUCGUUUUUACCGUUUUCACAGAACAAAACACACUUAAUG